UUUUAUCCAGGAAAGAGCUUUCAUUCGAAGGGGAAAAUAAAGGAAGAAUCAUAAGCAACAGAUAAACAAGGCAGUUAUGUCCUGAAAAAGCUAUAGAAACAACUGUGGAGUGAAAGCAGGGCAGGCACCCAGGAGAAAUUGGACUUGGUGUGAUAUUUUUGUCACAAAAGGCUUCAAGAGGAAGAGAGAAGACACUUCCCAGAGAAUGAAAGAGUGUAGUGUAAAAAUGGAGACCAAAGUUUCUGAGAUUCAGAUAGAAACUAAGGAUGAGAAGGGGCCAGUAGCUGUUAGUCCUCAGGAAGAGAGGCAGCAGAGAAAACCAGCCACUCUUUGCUUCAAGAGAAGGAAGAAAGCAAACAAGAUGAAACCUAAAUCUGGUUCCAAAACUGCUGAGGCCACAAAAAAGCAUCCCCCAGAAGCUGGGGCUUCUGAUCAGCCACAGCCAGCAGGGGCCUGGGCCUCCAUCAAACGCCUUGUCACACACAGGAAAAGGUCAGGGUCUUCGGAGAAGCAGAAGCCAUCUGAGGCUGAAGUACAGCCCGAGGACUCGGCUCUUCCUAAGAAAAAGGCAAAAUCCAGACUCAAGAUUCCUUGCAUAAGAUUCUCAAGAGGGGCAAAGAGAGGUCAUCAUUCUAAACUCACAGACGAUUCAGACUACAACCUCAGAGUCCAAGGAGGGGCUGAGGAUUUGGAGACAAAAACCCAGACUCAGUCAACUGACCAAGCUAAGUCCAUACAGGGCCCACAGGAAGGUGGGUUGGUGGACAGUAAGGAGGCCCAAGAAUCGCAUGUCAGCAACAGCAUCACAUCUAGAGAGAAUGUGAUUUCUGUAGAACUGGAAUUAGAAAAGGAGGCUUCUGCUAUUCAGAUGGGAACUCCAGUGCUGGAGAAGGAAACUAAAGGGAUUAAGGAAAAGCCAAGCGUACAAGCGCAGCAAGCAAGUCCACUCGGGAGUUCAGAAACAGACAGCCCCCGUCCAGUGGCUUCUGAUGUUCCUGCCUCACCAGCAACCACCUAUCAACGCAGUGUGGAAGAACCCAGGGAUGGCAUUCAAGAAAGUGCACCAAGUAGAAAAGAUGACAGAAGUGGAAAGAGUACAGCUGAAGAAAAGAAAUCCGGAGAAAUUGUGCUGGGCCAGGCCAAAGAAACUACAUUGAGCCAGACAGAAAAAGCUACUGUCAGCCAGGCAGACAAGAGUGCAAUGGCCCAGGCAGAGGAAGGUACCAUGGCUGCCAUGGCCCAGACAGAAGAAGGUAAACUGAGCCAGGCAGAGGAAGCUUCAGUGGCUCAGGCAGAGGAAGUUGCCUUGGCCCGAGCAGAGGAAGCCAUCGUGGCCCAGACAGAGGAAGGUAAACUGAGUCGAGCAGAGGAAGCCACCAUGGCCCAGACAGAGAAAGGUAAACUGAGCCAGGCAGAGGAAGCUGCCGUGGCCAUCGUGGCCCAGGUAGAGGAAGCUUCAGUGGCUCAGGCAGAGGAAGUUGCCUUGGCCCAAGCAGAGGAAGCCACCAUGGCCCAGGCAGAGGAAGGUAAACUGAGCCAAGCAGAGGAAGCUGCUGUGGCCACUGUGGCCCAGACAGAGGAAGGUAAACUGAGCCAGGCAGAGGAAGCUUCAGUGGCUCAGGCAGAGGAAGUUGCCUUGGCCCAAGCAGAGGAAGCCACUGUGGCCCAGGCAGAGGAAACUGCAGUGGCCCAGGCAGUGGAAGGUAAACUGAGCCAGACAGAGGAAGCUUCAGUGGCUCAGGCAGAGGAAGUUGCCUUGGCCCAAGCAGAGGAAGCCACCGUGGCCCAGGCAGAGGAAACUGCAGUGGCCCAGGCAAAGGAAGACGCCGUGGCCCAGGCAAAGGAAGACACCGUGGCCCAGGUAGUGGAAGGUAAACUGAGCCAGACAGAGGAAGCUGCACUGAGCCAGGCACCAGAUCUGAAAGAAAAUGGAAUCGAUACAGAGAAACCCAGAUCAGAAGAAAGCAAAAGAAUGGAGCCAAUUGCUAUUAUCAUCACUGACACUGAAAUCAGUGAAUUUGAUGUUAAGAAAUCUAAAAAUGUCCCCAAGCAAUUCCUAAUUUCAAUGGAAAAUGAGCAAGUAGGGGUUUUUGCUAAUGAUAGUGAUUUCGAAGGGAGAACUUCAGAACAAUAUGAGACACUCUUAAUAGAAACAGCCUCUUCUCUCGUCAACAAUGCUAUCCAGUUGUCUGUAGAACAGCUGGUUAAUGAAAUGGUGUCUGAGGAUAAUAAAAUAAAUACUCUGUUACAGUGACUUCAUUUCCAGAUCAUGGGAAAGGAAGAAAACAACUCAAAGAUGAGUUCUUUUAUACAUUUGUGGCACUUCUUUCUCAGUAAUAAAUUAAAGGCUUGUCAUCUGUGGAAUUUAGAGGGGAAGUUCCAGCCCAGAAGUGCUCAAGAAAAAAUGAAGUUUAUAAAACUCAUUGAAACACAGUCACUUCUGGACUGGAGGGAGUCAGCAUAGAUCACAAGGUGCAGUGACAUGCAGGAAGGUGCAGAAUGACCUACGAUGAGUUCAGUGUGUUGAGAAAGACUACUUAUUGAACACUUGGUGUGCUGUGUGCUCCUUGCUGUUCCCUAAUGUCGUGAAGUCUGGGUCUUUCCUGAUGGUUCGACCCUGUAUAUAGGCGAACACUGCCUUUGCUUUUCUUUUACAGUAUGUUUUCCUGUUAUUUCUAAUGGUGAGUCAGGUGGGCUGGUGUUUUGUCCCUCACGGGUUCCUUACAAAGCCAUUCACAGGUUUCUUCAGCCGGGCGAGUAGUUAACAAGUGUGUAAGCGUGGAAACAGGGGAGUGCUUUUUCUUCUCUCCCUGUCUUCCUUCUGCCCAGAAGACCUGUAUAUACCCAUCUCCGUGUGGACCUAUCUGAUGAGACGUUAGAAACAAAUAAAUGAAGGGAAUAGUAUUUUUCAUCCAGAAGGCAAACUUCCUAGAUAACAAAGGAUGCCCUUAACAGAGCCACUUCUAAAGGCCCAGGAAAACCAUAAUAUUCUUGUGAAAAUAUUUCUUCUUCACCAAACAUGAACUAUGUAUACAACUGAAUAAAAAGUCAGAAUUCAUGCUAAAGCAUAGAUUUUCAACACCAGUGUAUUUUGUUGUGUCUAACCAUGAUCCUGUAACAUACUUCCCAACCCCACAGGUUAGGGUUCAUAUUGUACAGCACCCCCACCCCACUAUCUAACCUAAGUGAUGAUGUUACUACUUGUUACGACAGAGGCAGGACAGGUGGUGUGGUGGCUGUUGAAGAGCAU